CGUGCCUCCUCCUCCUCCUCACUGUAGUGAUCGGCCGCUUUGAAGCUCUCUACAGCUGGUACCUCCUCAACAUUUUCAAAGGACAACACAGACUCUGAAGAUGGCGGCAAACUGGCUCGGGCUGCUGUCCAUGGGAGUGUUUUACUUGAUCAUACUGGGAACAGGUAUCUGGGCCUCCAAGAAGGCCAGACAUGAAGAGAACAAGAGUCCUGGGAGCCGCAGCGAAGUCGCAAUGGUGGGAGGGCGAAACCUGAACAUAUGGGUCAGCAUAUUCACUAUGACAGCCACGUGGGUGGGAGGAGGCUAUAUUUUGGGUAAUGCUGAAGUGGUCUAUAAUCCAACAAAGGGCUUGGUGUGGGCCAUCGGACCUUUUGCCUUUGCAAUGAACCUGGUUUUGGGUGGACUCUUCUUCAUCAAACCCAUACGCUCAAAGAACUACGUUACCCUCAUGGACCCGUUUCAAGAGAAAUAUGGCAACACUGUAGGUGCUGUUCUCUUCAUUCCUGCCCUAAUGGGAGAUAUCUUGUGGGUAGCGUGCAUUCUUGGUGCACUAGGUGGGACAGUCAGCGUGGUCAUGGAUAUCUCCUCCUCCCUGGCUGUGGGAAUCUCUGCAUCUGUGGCGAUCCUUUACACAUUAAUGGGAGGACUGUACUCUGUGGCCUACACUGAUGUCAUCCAGCUGAGCUUCAUGCUCAUUGGCUUGUGGCUUUGUGUACCGUUUAUCCUGACGAGUCCCCAUGCUGCCAACUUCACUGUCGCUGCAGUGACCAAUGUGCACCAGGAGAACUGGCUCGGCAAGCUGGAGCCUGAAGAUGCAGGCUGCUGGAUAGAUGACAUACUGCUACUGGGCAUCGGAGGGAUCUGCUACCAGGCUUUCUACCAGAGAGUCCUGUCCACAGCCACUGACGCCCAAGCUAAGAUGACCUGCUAUGCUGGAGCGGUUCUAUGCCCAAUCCUUGGCAUCCCAUCACUCAUCAUUGGAGCAGUGGCAGCAUCUACCAAUUGGAAUGAGACCACGUACGGCUCACCCAGCCCAUAUGAACAAGGCAAAGCUGGCAUGAUCUUGCCAAUUGCCCUUGAGCAUCUCUGCCCUUUCUACAUCUCGGUGGUCGGUAUAGGAUCACUCGCUGCAUCCGUGAUGUCGUCAACAGACUCUGCACUUUUGUCUUCUGCCUCCCAACUAGGCCGAAAUAUCUUCAAGAACAUCAUUUAUAAACAAGCAUCAGAAAAAACUAUCCUUGUGGUGGUUAAAGUGUCAGUGUUCCUUUGUGGACUGAUGGGAAUGGCCCUGGCUAUGACAACUUCAUCUGUUCACCUGUUCUGGGUGGUCAGCGCAGACGUCUUGUAUUCAAUGAUGGCUCCCCAGGUCAUAUGCAUCUUCUUCUUACCCCGGUGGGUGAACCAGUAUGGAGCCUGCUCUGGCUUUGUGUUGGCACUACUGCUGAGAGCUCUGGUCGGGGAACCUUUGAUAGGUCUUCCUGACAUUCUGCCCCUGCCAUGGGACAAGAUACAGGAGGGUGGUCACAGAUAUCGCUUGUUCCCUUUUCGUACUGCCAUUAUGCUGACCACAACUGUAACUAUUUUACUAGUAUCACAGCUGACUGAGUGGCUAAAGAGGCUUCUGAAAAGUGAUGCUAGAAGGGACAGUAACGCAUAUUACUUGGCUAAAAUCCAGCUGGACGGGGAGGAAAACGAAAAGCUGAAUAACCAGGACUAAGAG